AACAUCACUUCACGUCCCAGUUUUGAUCAUCCUUCUCACCUCGGAGAAGCAGAGCGAGGUCAGGAACUCUUUGAAAUUUAGGACUGAGAAUCUAAUAAAAGAAAAGAGCUCAUGGAGUUUGUUUACGGGGCUUUAGCUAAUUAAAAAGAGGUAACCGAACCACCCUCUCUCUUCUGUUCGUCCACACAAGAACAAAGAGAGAGAGUGUGUUGCAUGAGGAGCUCAUGACAGCUCAACUCGGGACCAAGUGAGAUGAAACUGGGCAGGAAAACACUGGAGCGCCGCGAGAAAACACAGCCUCUCUCCGUCAAUCUGGAACUCCCUCCCAGCUAAAGGAUGAUGGGAUACAGCCAGGGAUGCUCGUGUGUUUCAGAAACACGGUCCCGCUCAGCAUGUCCAAUGCUAUGUUCCUCCUGAUGCUGUGUAAGAUUGGUGUGAGAGGAAAACUGCAGACUUCUCCGAGGAAAAUGCUAAACACUGCUCUGAGUGAUGAGGAGAAGGGCAUCCAAGACAAGGAAAGCAAGGAAGAGUCCAUCCUGGCCAUGCUGGGGAUCAUCGGGACGAUCCUGAACCUCGUCGUCAUCAUAUUCGUCUACAUCUACACCACCCUGUGACAUCCACCAGAAUUAUGAUGGAAAAACCAGGCCGUUCCACCAAGGGAUCGUGGGAAUACACACACUGCUGCGCCGGAGUCACACAUCCGGAGGGAAAAACACGGAGAACAGACUCCCUUCAAACAAAGACCAUACCAGGAAGCAUAUAAGCUGUAAAUAAACACGUUAAUCCAUAUUCCCCUCCGCAAAACAAGCAUGGAUCAGUCCACAGGACCUUCUCAUUCACAUCCAACAGCGUCUUUUAAUAAUAAACACAUGAUGAUGAUGAUGAUGAUGAUGUUUCUUACAAACUUUUGCAGGCGACACUUUCAGGUUUAUACUGUAUUUAUUUCUACAAUGAACCGCUUAUUAGUAGACACGAGCUUUGAAAUAGAAAUUUUGUCAUGAGCAUUUUAAUGUCCACAAAACGUGUCGCUAGGCUAGUUUUGCAGUGCAUUUAACUGAAUUAUUGAACUAUUUAUUUAUUUCGUGCAAUGCUUAUAGGCAGAUAUUGUUCAGUACUGUUGUGUGCGGGUUUUAGGACAUGUUUUCCGUGAAGGUGUUUCUCAUGUAAGUGGAUUUAAAUAUAUUACCGUUUCCCAUAGUUUUGAGAGAACGUCUUCAGAACAGUGUUGCCUUAAGAAUGAUCCACACAUUCAUAUCUGCAUCAUUUCAGUCGUUUAUCGAUGCACAGAAACAUAAAAGGCCACAUAAGCACAAAUCUUUACAAAUCAUUUCAUGCAAAUCGUUUUUUAUUUCUAUAUUUUGCCGUAUUACCAACAUCAGACUGUACUAACGUUAAUGAAAGCACAAGAAUAUUUGCAGAAUGAAUGAAUGUACAUUAUGUCAGUGUGACAGAUUUCAGUGCAUAAAGUGCCUGUAUUUCUGCAAAGCAUUCUCUGUCCGGUUAAAUAAUCUUAGUGCGUAUUAUGAAUAUGAAGAGUUUUACAGUAAAUUGCCGUUUUCCUGUCUUUGAGCUUUUGUUUGAAAAAUCAACAUGGAGUUUAUAAUGACAGCAUUUUAAUAUCUUUCUUUGUCAUCAGAUGUUAAAAGAGUCUCUGAAUUGUGUUUGCAUUGGAUUUGAGUAGACUUUAAUUUCAUAUCUACAGGGACAGAACGGUUCGGCAUUACAGUAAUACUCCUUUGUACAUGGGCGAGCUUGUCUAAAACUCUUUUAUGUAUUCGAACAUGUAA